CUCCCUCUGCCAGUCUCUGCUGCCUAGCAACAAACAUUACCGAGCUAGCAAUGCGACCUAGCCGCUCUCGUGCGCAACGUAGCUAACUUGGAGCCUUGAGCAGCGGGGUGGGGGCGACACCUUUUCAGCGGGCAAAUGGCACCAAUUUAGCGGCGUCGACUUAGUUGUAUUCGCUGUUACAAGGCUUGUGUUAAAGUAUAUAUGUAGUUUUGUUUUUUUGCCACACGACAGUAUCAGAAGGAGCGUUUUUUCCUUCCUUCUAAGGAGCUAACCUUGGGCAAGUCAACGUCAAAGAGUCACUUUCUUCACCUAAUAGUGUGCGACACCGGAUGACUUGGAACCUUAUUGUGCAGGGGUGCUUGCAUCACAUCGCCGCCAACGCUAAGGUGAGACCAACGACAGGUGCGACGCCACCAUGCUGGAGGAGGACAUGGAAGUGGCCAUCAAGGUGGUCGUGGUGGGCAACGGUGCCGUGGGAAAGUCCAGCAUGAUCCAACGCUACUGCAAGGGAGUCUUCACCAAAGACUACAAAAAGACCAUCGGCGUGGACUUUCUGGAAAGACAGAUCAUUGUGAACGACGAGGAUGUCCGCCUCAUGUUGUGGGACACCGCUGGCCAGGAGGAGUUUGAUGCAAUCACCAAGGCGUACUACCGCGGCGCCCAAGCGUGCGUGCUGGUCUUCUCCACCACAGACAGAGAUUCCUUUCAGGCAAUCGACAACUGGAAGGAGAAGAUCGAAGCGGAGGUGGGAGAUAUCCCAGCAGUCUUGGUGCAGAAUAAGAUUGACCUCCUGGAGGAAACACUUAUAAAGAACGAGGAGGCAGAGGGUUUAGCCAAGAGGCUUAAAUUGAGAUUUUACAGAGCUUCAGUCAAAGAAGACCUAAAUGUCACGGAGGUGUUUAAGUACUUAGCAGAAAAGUACCUUCAACAACUCAAACAGCAAACGGCAGAGGAGACAGAGGCAGUAAACACCAAUAGCAACAAAAUAGGCGUUUUUAAUACCACAAGUAGUAAUGUCUGCAACCAAAACUCCAGCAAUGGCAGGGAAGUCAUCACACUUCGACCUAACAAACAAAGGACCAAGAAGAGUAAAAAUCCAUUCGGGAGUUGCAACCUCCUCUAGAAGACGACAUUGAGUUCAUUUUUUUGCAGACCAUCAGCAGGUAGCCUCAGUUAGAAACCAAAGUCCACAAAGACUGGGAAUGAUCUCAGUAAUUAUACUUAAAUAACAAUCAGAUGAUGCUUAUUAUAUUUUCCCCCCAAAUGCAAUGCAGGAACAAUCUCAUAUUAUAAAUUGAGAGAGAGGACCGAUCAAAAGUUUAGACUUUUUGUGUAAUUUGAACCUGCCUGAACUUGAAAAGGCUGAGAUAAUAGAGGACAUUUUAUCAAGUAGGAUUAUGUCAUGCCUAUUAUAGAACUAUUUCCAGGACCUUGCCAGGUUAGGAUGAUAACAUUUAAAGGGGACUUAUGAUGAUUUGUGUCAAUUUUGCUCAACAGUCAUAUUUAUAACCUUGUCUUUGAGCCCACCCCUCUCCAAAAUAUCAUAAUUAUAAAAAUGUACACUGGUAAAUAUAUAUCUGGAAGACAAAAAUCUCAGAUUCUCCGGUCACAACAUUAGGUACACCUGCUCAUUUGCUGGUUGGCACAGAGCUGCAUAAAAAAGCUGCUUUUACCAGAAUUUCUGUCACUACAUGUACUAAUUAUAUAGCUUACCUUCUCCUGUGGUCCCUUAAGCCAAGUUGUAAUUUUUCCGUCAAAGUUUAGCGGCUAAUCCAGUUUCAAAGGGACCCAUGUUGACAGGCGGGAGAGUAUUAGACGACAAGGAAUGACAUUAGGUCAGUAUGUACGAGAAUGUCCACAUAUGUACGACUGUCAAUCUGUGAUUUCACAAAUACCCAACUGUUAAAAAAAGACUGCAAAACCGCCAUCUAAAACAAACUCACGCCCAAAUGCUUAAACAUAAUGAUUUCGACGCUUAAACACGAUUAUUGUAGCAUUUAUAAGUCAGUCAUCCUCAUAGGCCCCCUUUAACUUAAAGAGGGAAUAUUAUCAAAUAACCUGCUUCUAAAUUAUUUAUAUCUAACAGUAUAUCUUAUAGCCAAUGAUAGUUAUUACAUACCAGUGGUAAUUUUCAGUUGAAAUUAAAUCAAUCAAAGUUACAAAAUCCGUAGCAUGGUUAUUAUUAGCAUCAUUAUCAUCAUAAACAUGGGCAUAACAAUUGGAUAGCUAUUUGUUCUGUCAUCUGGUGUUUCAUAUUUACCAACAUGUUUUGAAAUACGCCACGAGAAAGUGCGUUCAAACUUUUGACGGUAUCGUAUAAUCCGCAAAGUCGACAUAUAGUUUUUGGGGAGGGGUUACAUUAUAUACUGGCUUAAUAAAAACCUGCAUCUCUUUUAUUAUUUUUUUUUUUAAUGGAUUUUUGUCAGUACUUAAGUCCAUAAGAUGGAAUUCAUCAUUUUCACCAACUACUGUACUCAUAUUAUGCUCGUAAUGCGUAGAAAAUCCAAAAUAUAUUCAGUAUGAACAUAAUUUUCUUUUUUUUUUUUAGAUUAUUUUUUCUCCUCGUACGUCAUCUCAUUUGAGGUGAUUUUUUUUCACUGCUUUUAAUUCAGACAGUUGUACACCUGUUCAUCUUUAUGUAUUAUCGAGGACGUGCUGAGUAUUUUUUAACACACACACGGUUUCUUUCAUGAUGGUUGGAUGCAUUUUUUUUAAUACAAAUCCUAAGUGUUGCAUGAUGCUAUAUUGAGUAUUUUUUAACACACACACGGUUUCUUUCAUGAUGGUUGGAUGCAUUUUUUUUUAAU